CAAAUCGGUGGUACCACCAUGAAGAUCUUAACCACUUUUGUGUCAGUAGCCCUUUUGGCCACCCUUACUGGUGCGCAACAAACAGAGACCACCGUCGGUGUCUUGCAAGAAAUAUAUCACAGAUGCGUGGAUAGCGAAUCCAUGUUAUCUUGCGUUAAACCAAAGGUGUUGACUUACAUCACCGACGCUGUGAAACAAGAUAGAUUGGCAAUUACGGAGGAUUUGGCAGUGAUUAAGUCCCGUGACGUGUCGCAGGAUAAUGCGGAAGAUUACUCCUCGCAAUACGACGCCGCAAGUUCUUCCAAAAGGAAACUCCUGCGAACACUGAUGCUCGAGAAAUUGGACGCGUACCUAUCGAGCCAUCAGCUUGAAGCUAAACUACCGGAAACAAUUGUAGGAUCGAAUAUCGUUCCUAGAUCCUUGAUUGACGGCAUGCCGAAGAGUCUAACAAUUCCUCUUACGGACUCUUCCAACAAUCAAGGUCGUGGUUUUGUUAGAAAGGUGAUAAUACCGUUCCUGCUCGGUCUCAAGUUCAAAGCCACCGCUGUGGUGCCUAUCGCUCUUGCUCUGAUCGCCUUAAAGACGUGGAAAGCGCUGACAUUAGGUCUACUGUCGUUGGUUCUUAGCGGAGCGAUGGUGAUCUUUAAAUUGACUAAGCCGAAAGUCGCUUACGAGGUUGUCCACUACGGGCAUCCACCUGUGGAACACCCGCCUCAUUGGGACACUGCGCCUCACGGACCUUACAGGGCUUAUAGAAAAUAAACCGACGUAGAAACGACGGAUAUAUUGAUCGCCUCAUCAUUUU